AUUUAUCUGAAAGAGACAGAGAGCUUAUAGAACAAAUAUGUUCAAAAAGUAAUAAAUAAAGCAAAAAUGCUAAGCAAGUACAUAGUGAAUAACAAUUAAUAAGUUAAUCAAGUAAGAAACUAUUAGCAACUCGUUUGGAGUAAAAAUUAAAUGAAGUAUUUGAAAAAUUUAUAGAUUAGAUUAUGUAAGAAGUAGAUGAGAAAAAUGAAGGUUAUAUAAAUUUUUUAUAAAUGGGAAGAAUAUUUACAUUGUUAGAUAUAUUUUAGGCAAUAUCAUAUGAUUAAAAUAAUGAAAUGGAAGUUUAGGGAUUCAACAGUUAGUCAUAAAGGUUAGUAAUUAAAUUAUUAAUUUUAGGUAAUUUGAAAUAGAUUUACAUGAAAAUGCAUUUUCAAUAAUAUCUUAAGGAGAAGAACGUGCUGAUAUUCAGGCAGCAUUCUGUUUUUUUAGAAUUAUUUAAGACCCAAAUAAUUUGGAGCCUUAAAAAUAAGCAUUUUUAAUGAAGGAUUAUUUAGAGAAAAUAUUGGAAAAAGAAAUGGAUUAAGAACAAAUUUAAAGUUUCUGUUAGGAAUAUUAAAAUUAUUAAAAAACAAGACUUUCAGGAGCAAAAACAGGAUUUUUAAAAGCAAAUUUAGCAUAAAAUUUAAUAGACACAUAUGAAAAAACACAUACAUUCAAACCAAGUAUAAAUCCAAUAAGUGAAGCAUUGUUAAGGGAAUCCUUUAAAAGAGAAGAUGUAGAAUGUUCGAGAUUAACAGAUAGCAAAGUAAGUUAACUUUAUUAAAAGAAAUAAAAAUCAAAUUAAAAAUUAAAUUAAUUGAAAUAAGAAUAUGAAGCCAAGGAAAUGAAAGAAUGCACUUUUAAGCCACAAAUAAUAUCAAAGAAAGAAUAGCCUAAUGUUGUAGAUAGAUUGUAUAAAGUGAAAAAGAGAUAAGAAGUUGAAGAGAAGAUUAAAUAGAAUGAGAUUGAGAAAUAAGAAUAGGAAUUUAGUUAAUGUUCAUUUUAACCUUAAAUAAAUAAUUGUAUGCCUGAAAUGGAAUAAGUGGGUGUAAAUGGAUAUGGAUAGGCAGUGGAAAGAUUGAGAAGAGCUAAUGAUUAACGUAAUUUAAAGGAAAUUCAAUUAAAUCAUAAACCAAGUGGAGAAAAAUAUGAAAAAGUUAAAAGAAUGGCUUUUAUUCCUCCAGAUAUGUUGUAAAGAAGUAAACCUUAGAAAGAAAUUCCUAUUCUAUAUAUUGACAUCAAAAUUGGACCUAGUAAGGUUGGAAGAUUAGCAUUGAGAAAGAAUGAUGAUGUUGAAUUAGUGGUUAAAUCUUUUUGUAAAGUUUGGGGAGUGGCAUUAUAAGAUUAUGAUUUACUGGUGGAAUAAGUUAAAGAUAAUUUGAAAAAGUAUUAAUAAUUUAAUAUGUAGUGUAAUGACAGAAGCAGAGGAUUAGUGA